AUGAAAAUAGAGACAGCAUCAUUGAUUGAUCGUGCUCUGAUUCGCUGUAGUCAUGGUAACCGGUCAUCGUGGAGACCCGAUCAAAAUGACAAUCGAAGCAGACCGGAUAACUCUAACCGACACCUUUACGACAAGUAUCCGAGACGUCAAGACGACGAUUUCCGAUAUCGUCACGACAACCAGCGGUUUCAAAGCGAACGUUCAGCGCAGCAGAACUCUGGUGGUUACGUACAUAAGUAUUAUGGUGGGAACUUGAGUAGACACGAGGGACCUUUUGAUGGUAAAGAUAGACACGAAGGGUCAUUUGGUGGCACUAAGGAAAAACAAGAGUCCUCAAAUUAUGGCUCUGCGAACAGACUUAGCUCUGCUCUGCGAGUAUUCAACUACACGCAAUGCAAACAAAGUCAAAAAUUAACCAAAGGAACUUAUGGUGUGUACACUUCGUCCAAGGAUAGUGCAAGACUGAAGUUGACUUUGGGCAAAUUCUCUCCACGUUCUGAUUCAUGGAAAGGCAAUGACCAUGUCGAGUUGUACGUGGACAGCCUCGUUAAAUAUCAAAAAAUCUUUGGUUUUGGAGGGGCUUUUACUGAUGCUGCAACUAUGAACAUUAAAAAUCUUAGCGAGGCGUUGCAAGAGCAUCUCUUGAAUUCGUACUUCUCCAGUAAAGGUGUUGAGUACAGCAUUGGCCGUAUACCAAUGGCAAGUUGUGAUUUCUCAACCCACAUCUACACAUAUGCCGAUGUUCCUGGUGAUUUCAACAUGUCACAUUUCAAACUAGCCAGGGAAGACACAAACUUCAAGAUUCCUAUUAUCAAGUCCGCCAUGAGGCGAAGCCAACGGGAAAUCAAACUGUUUGGCAGUCCAUGGUCAGCUCCUGGAUGGAUGAAAACAAGCAAGAGUACAAUUACCGGGGAGCUGAUUGGUAAUGCUGGAAACAAGUAUCACAAGGCAUGGGCAUUAUACUUUGUCAAGUUUUUGGAGGCCUAUCAGAAGAAUGGCUUGAAACUGUGGGGUCUAACAGUACAAAACGAGCCAAGUACUGGUUAUUUUCCUAGAUAUAAGUUUCAAUCAAUGGGUUUCAAAGGGCCCACGGAGAGAGAUUUUGUGAAAAGUGAUUUGGGACCAGCCUUAAAGGAAGCUGGUUAUGGAGAUACAAGUUUGAUGAUAUUUGAUGACAAUCGACUUACACUUCCAAUUUUUCCAUACCAGGUUUUAAAGGAUUCAGAUGCUGCUAAGUAUGUUUCAGGAGUUGCUGUUCAUUGGUAUGAGGAUACCUUUUUGCCAGCUUCUUUUCUUAGUGAUCUCCAUGAAAAAUAUCCAGAUUUUUAUAUAUUAGCAACAGAAGCAUGUACCGGGGCUUUGCCUUAUGAAGUGAGAGGGCCUGUUCUUGGUAGCUGGCAUAGAGGAGAACGAUACAGUUCCAGCAUUAUUCAAGAUAUGAAUAAUUGGGCAACUGGUUGGACUGAUUGGAAUUUGGCAUUGAACAUGAUUGGUGGACCCAAUUGGGUGAAGAAUUUUGUCGAUUCACCAAUCAUAGUGAACAGUGAAAAGCAGGUUUUCUAUAAACAGCCAAUGUUUUUUCAUUUGGGCCAUUUCAGUAAAUUUGUCUCACCAGGAUCAAUUCGCAUUGAUGUGAAACUAACCUCAACAAAGUCAGGUGUGGAAUACAUUGGUUUUCUUCUUCCAGAUGGCUCAAUUUGUGUGAUAGUUUUAAAUAAAAGUAAAAAUUCUGUAAAAAUUACCAUUCAUUCCAAGAUGGGAUUUAUCAACAGUGAAAUACCUGCAUCUUCAAUUCAAACCUAUUUGUGGUCUGAGAAUUAGGAAAGAACAGUAAUGUCGCUUUUGCCAAUAUUACAUACAAUCCAUUCUAUAAAAUAUAAGAUUAAUUAUACCUUACUAUACUCA